AAAGCCAUUAUGAAAUUACUAAGAAUUUGGCCUUUUAAAUUCCGAUCGAUCGAUCCACUUUGGCAGUCUUCAAUUCCAUCUACCGCCAACCUUUCCAUUUUCUGAUCAUCACUCCCUUCAAUUUCCACUGCUCCACGUACUCCGCCCUUAGCUUAUUGCUAUAUAUAUUCAUUCAAACCAGCCUCUUUUUAUUAUUAUUAUUUUCAUUCAUUUAAGUCCCAUCGGCCAUGGUUUCAUUUCACUCAUCUUUAUCACCUCAUCAGUUGCUGGGACGACGAUCCAAAAAUCUCCAGAACCCAGACUUCUUCGAUAUGAGUUUACCAAAAAAGAGGAAAAGGUUAGUAGAAGAAGUAUCCGAAAGGUCACAAACCCGAAUCAUCAAUUCUCUUCUUGGAAUUGAACUUCCCCUCUUGGCUCCCCUUCCCUUGGAAUGGCAGAGAUGUCUCGACAUUAAGUCCGGGCAAGUAUACUUCUACAACACAAGAACCAAGGAGAAGACCACAACGGAUCCAAGAAUAAGUAGUCCGCCGGAAGAGCUGCCGGCUCCGGCGAGUUUGGACCUGGAACUAAACCUAUUAUGCGGAGGAGGGUCAUCGGAGGAACAACACCACGUCGGCGACAAUUUCACGGAGAUCAAUGUUACUCUCAAAAACCCUAGUUGUAAUAAUAAAAUUAUCAAUGAUCCGAUUACCACUUCCGGUGAAGGUGCCGGCGGGAAGAAGAGAAGUGGGGGUUUUUUAAGUCUAUCCCGGUCUCCGUCGUGGUUGACAUUCGACGACGGAGAUCAGGAGGAGAUGGUGACGGCGGUGUGUGACAAGUGUCAUAUGUUGGUGAUGGUUUGUAAGGCUACCCCAACAUGUCCGAAUUGCAAGUUUGUAAACCACCCUGCUAGUUCGAAUCAUCGGUGGCCAAUAAAGUCUGUCCUGAAUUAGUUCAUUGGUAGUCCGUUCUCCUAAUGAUAAGUACAAUUAAUUACCGCACCAUGAUGUAUGUAUAUACUUUCUUUUAAUGCUUAAUUAAUUAUGAAGCGGCAGAAAAGAGUCAAAGACUACAAACUUUCGAUGAUCCGAUCCCAAGGUUUAAUUUGGAUCAUGAUUCAUGAGUCACGCUAUUUGAAAUUCUGAUUUCCAUUCCAUCGAUGAAUCUGUGAAUCUGUCUUUUAUUGAAGGAUUCUCAGGUGUUGUUGUAAUGACAUUAUUACAUUAGAUUGGUAAUCGGAGUUUUUUCCCAAAUUAAUGCUAAUUAAAU